AGGUAUCGUAGCACCCACACCGCGAUAUGGAAGCCUGCAACGGCUCUUGUGCCAUCACUAAUUUAGGCUCCCAAGAAAUCUGUGUAUUUUCCAGAGAAACCGCCCAAAAUCUGGCCAGGGAUUUUAGAUAUAGCCAAAACGGACAUUGGCUUCACUUAAGGACACCGCAAUGAUGACUCCCCAGCCCCCGCCACCGCCCACAUACGCCCUGCCCGCCAGCAAACGAAAGAAGCCCGCCGAAAUGCAGCUGAUGUGCGGAUGGAUUGGUUGCCAGGAGAUUUGCGGCGGGGAAUGGAAUCUGAACACACACAUUGCACAGCACCUGGAGGAGUAUGCCCGCCAAGUGGCGCAGGAGGACCCGGAAGUGGAGCAAAUACACUGCUGCAGCUGGAACUCUUGCGAUUACCAGACGCUGUGUCUGGAGGAGUUUGAACGGCACUCGUACUACCACGGCUACUACAUGCAUCUCCUGCUACAGGGCAAGCUGGAGUGUGAUCUUCAUCCGGAGAUACCCGCCUGUACGGCGCCCCCGCGCCAAGCCGAGAAGCUGCCCCAUCUUGGUCAGAAUUUUCUCUGCGGGUGGACGGACUGCGAGCGUGAGUUCGUGUCCAUUGUAGAGUUCCAGGAUCACAUUGUUAAGCACGCUCUCUUCGAGUACGACAUACAGAAGACGCCCGACGACGAACGUCCCAAGACGCAGUGCAACUGGACCAUGUGCCACAAGCAGAUGGGCAACAAAUAUCGCCUGAUCGAGCACAUCAGCACCCACUCGAACAAGAAGCAGGUGGCCUGCUUCCACUGCGGCGAGCUAUUUCGCACGAAGACCACUCUGUUCGACCAUCUGCGCCGCCAGCCGGAAAACAACACCAACAGCUUUCAGUGCGCGCAGUGCUUCAAGUUCUUUGCCACCAAGAAGCUGCUCAAGAGCCAUGUGGUCCGCCAUGUCAACUGCUACAAGUGCACCAUGUGCGACAUGACCUGCAGCUCCGCCGGCUCGCUGACCACCCACAUUCGCUACCGCCACCUGAAGGACAAGCCCCUGAAGUGCAGCGAGUGCGAUACGCGCUGCGUCAGGGAGUCGGAUCUGGCCAAGCACGUCCAGAUCGUCCACUCGAAGACGGUGCAUCAGUGCGAGCACCCGGACUGCGAGUACUCUGUGCGCACCUACACCCAAAUGCGUCGGCACUUCCUGGAGGUGCACGGCAACAACCCCAUCCUGUAUGCAUGCCAUUGCUGCGAGAGAUUCUUCAAGAGCGGCAAAUCCCUCAGCGCUCAUCUGAUCAAGAAGCACGGCUUCCGAUUACCGUCGGGCCACAAGCGCUUCACCUACCGGGUGGACGAGAACGGCUUCUACCGCCUGGAGACGACGCGCAUCGAGAGCCUGGAGGUCACCCAGCAGAUCCUGUCGCCGCAGCUGGAGGAUGACGGCCCGAAGCCCGUAGUUGGUACCUGUUUCGAGAUCGUGGACCCCACGAACGGAGAAUAUGAACGAAUCAUCGUGUCGAACGAUCCCAAUGAGGCGCAGUUGGUAGGCGAAGUGGUGAUCUCGCUGCCCAGCUUAUCGGAGGAUCUGUGAGGAAGAGCAACGGCAGCAGGAGUCCAAAAGAAAUCUGAUCUCGUGCCCCAUACAAUCCUGAGCCGACAACUGACUGGCUUUAUCAGCAUUAGCGAAACCUAGAUUAAGUUAGUCUUAAGGGAGAGCAUCCUUUUGCCAUGACCGUGGCGCAGUUUUAAAGUGUAUAUCGUUAAGAGCAUCCACUGUUGUCCACUGUUUUACGAUCAUAUCCCCACUAGCCUCCCAAAAACGAGAUUGUGUCUGCCACUGUGUGUUAGUGAAUGUACUAGAGAUUAUGUUUGGCAUUUAGUGUUGGAGAUCCCUCUUCAUUUCAUAUUUCAUAUCCAUUUGAUACUAUUCCUAAGCGAUCUGACAGUUUCCAGUAGCAACUUUAUUGUUUAAGCCGAAAGUAAAUAAAUAAAUCUAGCUAGCAACCAGGAAUGCCCCUAUUUUCUAUUCAAUUUUCAUGUUAAAGAUUGAAGAUUGCCAAAAGUGUUGCCAGAAACGCAAGCUAGGCAGGCAGCAGCGACUUCCUUCCUCCUCUCUAAAUUUUCACUUUUUCCGGAACUAGCUGCCGUCUGUUCUGAACAAAAUAAGCAAUAUUUUUGCCAUUUACACCACGGAGAUAGCUUCGCCAUCGUUUUUUUGUGAGGUUAAACACUUGAAAAAAAUAAACACAUGUGCUUUAAGGGUUUUUAAAUGUUUUUUGUUUAAUUCUGGGACGCUUCGACUUGCUCCCAAGUAAUUUGGAUAGUGAUUAUGCACAAAAACAACAAAAAAAAUAUGGGCGGCAGGCAAAUGUCGGUACAUCGCACGCGAGCGUCGCACAA